GCACAGUGUGUACAGCGGCACCUGCAGGUCGCCCAAGUCAGGCUGAAGGGGGCCAGCAGCACUGACUCGCCACCAAAAAUGUCGCGCGGAGCCGCCGAGAGGGGCUGCCUGGUCUAUGUAGGCAACCUGCCUGACGACAUCCGGGAGCGGGAGGUGGAGGACUUGUUUAGCAAGUACGGCAAGGUGGUGUCAAUCGACAUGAAGGCGCCCGUGCGGCCCCCCGCCUUCGCCUUUGUUGAGUUCGCGGACCCACGCGAUGCGGAGGACGCGGUGCGGGGGCGCGACGGCUACGAUUUCUACGGCAACAGGCUGAGGGUGGAGCUGGCCAAGGGAGCAGGUGGACGCGGGCGCGGCUUUGGCGGCGGACCCCCCCCUGGCUUCCGCCCCCGCCAGACCGGGUUCCGAGUCCUGGUUAAGGGUCUGCCUAUGUCCGCCUCCUGGCAGGACCUCAAGGACCACGUCCGCCAGGUGUGCAAGCCCGCCUACACCAAUGUGUUCCGGGACCGUGAUGGCGUGACGGGGGUGGUGGAGUUUGAGACAGCCGACGACAUGGAGCGCACAAUCAGGAAGCUGGAUGACACCGAGUUCCGCAACCCCUUUGACCGCGCCUACGUGCGCGUCGUUGAGGACCGCGAUGGUGGGCGCGGAGGUUACGGUGGCGGCGGCGGCUAUGGUGGCGGCGGCUAUGGCGGCGGCGGCGGUUAUGGCCGUGGUGGCGGUGGCGGCAGCUACAAUCGUUCCAGGAGCCGCAGCAGGAGCCGUGGCAGGGACCGUUCGUACAGCCGCUCUCCCCGCCGUAGCCGCUCUCGCUCUCCACGUCGCAGCGACGACCGCUCUCGCUCUCGCUCUCGCUCUCGCUCCAACCCAGCUCGCAGCGACGAUCGCUCACGCUCACGCACCAAAAGCCCGGCGCGCGCCCGCUCUCACAGCCGCUCCAAGUCAAGGAGCGCAGCCAAGGAAGACUCUCCUCGCCCUGCCGACGAGUGAUGUUGGCGAGUGAUGUGGAAGCACUACCGCAGCUGCUGCACAAAGAAGGAUGCUUCCAGCUGCAGCAGUAGAAGCACCUGAACCGAGCUGUGCCGUGAUACCACCGCCGGCUGCAGAGAGAGGACUGACCCACCUGGCUGUUGUACAUAAAUGUCAGCCCCUGACUCUGCAAGUUGCUUGAUGCCCGAGCUCCUUCCAGUAGCCUGUGCUGCCUGCCUGCAGACCCCGACGCUGGCGAUUGGGCUGGCGCCGCGGGCUGUGUUUGUGCGCUUGUUAUUUCCUCGAGUUGGAAGGGCUGGAGGGAGGCUGCUGCCCACCCAUGGGGUGGAUGGUAUCCUUUCCAUUCGAGCCGUUGGCGCUUAAUACCGCUUUCAC